GCGAAUUUUGUCAUAACCAAAAAUAUUUAUAUCGCGAAAAGAGUGCAUAAAUAAAGUGAAAUUAUGCUUUAAAACUGUUUUAGUUUUCGGUGUUUUUUUGUUUAAAAUGCUUUAAUUUGAUAGUAAAAUUGGUAAGUCCAUUGAAAAAAUCAAAAACUUUAUGUUAUCCGGUACGUGGGUGUUUCAUGACCUCAAAGUCGGGAAAGUUUAUCUCAUAUUUAUAAUUAAAAAAUAAUAAAUUACAAUGUAUAAACAAUACGUUAACUUGUGUUGUUUUAAGGAAAUAUUGGUAACGUACCGAAAUUGUGAUUCCUUGAUUAUUUAGCCGAUCCUGAAACGAGAACCUCAUAAUCAAGAAUUAUGGCAAGGAUCCAAAUCAUUCAAAUAAAACUCGCAAAGCUUGACGCAUUUGAGAAGAGGUAAUCAAUUACAUUUUCCAAAAAUGUAGUUGCAUACGUAACGUGGCAAAAUAAAAAUAAAACGCAUAAGACUGGAAUUGUUACUUUAGAAAAGUUUGCGAACCCCGAUUUGUUGGCGUCCCUUUGACAAAUAAGCUUAUAUUUAAUAUUAUUUGCUGACUAAAAUGGCUGAGGAUAGGAAGAAGUUUUACUGUCGAGAAUGGGCUUUUCAAAAGCUUUUGCACUGUCUCGACCAGAGACCUGUGUCGAAAACUUGUGGGGCUCUUUUGCUGGGAAGUUCUGGCUGUGGAAAAACGACUUUUUGUUCCGAGCUUUGCUGGCCAUCGCAAGGACCAUCAGGAAGGCAACAGCGAGCUUUAAAUCGUCGAUUAAUGUGCUAUCACUUUUUACAAGGCCAUAAUGAAAAGAGUUUGUCAUUGAGUGAAUUUGUACGUUCGUUGGUGACGCAAAUAUUAAAUCACUCCACUGAAAGCCAUAGAGAGAGAAGUAUGAGACGCAAAUUAGCACAAGAUAAAGAAAAAAGGGGAGAAAAUUUAAUGAGUCCUAAAAAUAAUAUUUCCUACGAGCAUAACCUGUCAGAAAAUUGUAAUUUACCACAAGAGAGCCUCUAUAGCAAUGUUUACUCUGAAAGUUUAUUAUCGCCUACGUUGGAAGCUAAGCGAGUGCCAGAUCCAGUAUCAAUACCCAAUAUGCCAGUUAGUCCUCGGACAGUCAUAGCAGAUGCCUAUUUAGAAAAACUUAAAUCUGAUCCUGAGAUUCAAAUAGCCUUAAGGGCGAAAAACAUCGAGAGCAACCCAGAUGAUUGUCUGAAAAGAGCAUUAUUAUUUCCUUUAUUGGAAAUCGAUCCACCUAAGACUUCGUUGUUUUUAAUUAUCGAUUCAAUAGAUGAACAUUCGUUUAUUUAUUCAAAUUCUACAUUAACUCGUUCAAAACCUCGCGAAAGAAGUUCGCAAUCACGAACUAUAGCGGAAUUGCUUGCCAAUCAUCACCAUUUAUUUCCUCAGUGGUUGCUUCUGGUUUGCACAGCGAAAAAACAAUCAAAAAGCAUCGCAAAAAUGUUCACUGGAUUCAGAAAACUGAGCUUAGACGACUUACGAAAAACUCAGGUCGUUAGAGAUGUUCAGCAAUAUAUUUUAGCUAGGCUAGAUCAGGAAAAUAGCUUAAGGCAACACAUAAGUAGAGAUACAGCUGAAAUGCUUAAUCAAUUACACAUAAAAAGCAAUGGGUGUUUUUUGUAUUUAGAAAAAGUUCUUGAUGGCGUUGCCGAGAAUUUUAUAGUUUUAAGGGAAGUCAGAGAAAUUCCUGGUACUUUAAAUGGUUUAUAUUUGUGGCUUUGUCAAAGAUUAUUUAAUCGAAGACAAUUUGCUAAAGUUCAGCCACUAUUGAACGUGAUACUAGCAGCAAAAUGUGCCCUAAAUGAAGCCCUGUUAUUUGACAUUGUUAAAGUGAACAAUUCAAAAAUCACCAUAGAAGAUUUUAAGAAACGAUUCAACCUAUUGAAGAAAGUUAUUGUGAUUUCUAAAAAUGAUACUAUAAGAUUAUUUCACCAUUCAUUUGCCGAGUGGCUCUUGGACAUCAAACAUUGCACACAAAAAUAUUUAUGCAACAUUUUCCACGGACAUUGCAUACUUGCCAUGUAUUAUACUUUACACGCUAAAGUAUUGAAUAAUCAGGAGAUUUAUGAUUACGCCUUCCAUUUGACAAGGAUGGAACAAUUUUUGACUGAGAAACCUAAUCAAAAAUGUCCUACUUUGAUGUAUAAGUUUACUCAAGAAAAAGCCGGUAAUUCGUUGGAGAAAACAUCAACGGAAAUUUAUUCGGAUUUGAAAGCUUUACAGGAAUUGACUAAAACCUAUGAAAAGGAAUUAGCAUUUGAACUGAACAAUGUAGAAACGUUAGAGAGUAGCUUUGCCGAUACAGAAACUAGUCAGAAUAACUUGGAUGAAACGAAUUUCGAAGCGAAACUGGAGGCUCAGUUUGAAAACAUUAAUUUGAAGAGUCCAGUGUCUGAUAAGAAUCCUAUUUAUGCUGAAGUGAAUAAAUUGAAGAAGACGUCAAAUCAGAUCUACAAAAACAUCGAACCCUCAGCUCCCUUGAUGACCACCAGCUGUGAAAACAAUCUUUUAGUUACUGACUACUCAAACACAGCUUCUUCGCUGAACAAUACCACAACUUCUUGCACAAUGCUGGACGGUGCCCUCACCAACAAAACUGGCCAACACCACAUAUUGGAUUUGCAUACUCUAACAGUGUUAUGGUUGAUUAACAGCGGCUGCAACGUGGAAGAAUGUUUGUUGGAGGGCAACGAAAUGGCUGGAGUAAAUUUUGGAGCCUUCUUGCCUACGGACCAGAAAGUUUUGAGACUGCUGCUUGAGGCUGGAGCUGUCGAGCAGCAGGAUGUGGCUGGAUGUGAUUAUGAGAGUCAGAUGUCUUUGGCGAGUACCUCCAGUGAACAAUCCCCAGAACCGUUAUUCGAUUUACAAGAUCUGCACGGACAGGCUGCGCUCCAUGUGGCAUCCAGAUUGGGCCAGGCUCAAGUCGUUAAGGGAAGUGGCGCCCCUCUGGCGCCUAAACACAAUCGUCAACGCAAAUCGAACAUAGUCAAUUUGUUAUGUAAGGUGCUUCUCGAAUCAGGAGCUAAUGCAGAUCAAGCUGAUAUCGAUGGUUGGACACCUUUAAGGGCAGCAGCUUGGGGAGGACACACUGAGGUUGUUGAGCUUCUAGUUCAACACGGAUGCCAGUUGGACAGCGUUGAUGCCGAAAACCGUACAGCUUUGAGGGCUGCAGCUUGGAGCGGUCACGAGGAAAUUGUUAAAAUUUUAUUACAGCAUGGGGCCAGUGUGAAUUUAACUGAUCACGAAGGUCGUACAGCUCUAAUAGCAGCCGCCUAUAUGGGUCACAGCGAAAUAGUGGACCAUCUUCUUGAUUAUGGGGCAGAUAUCAACCAUGCGGACGCUGAUGGGAGGACUGCUUUGUCAGUGGCUGCCUUGUGUGCUCCAAGAACUCCAGGGGUCAGUGUUGUUUCUACUCUCCUAGAGCGAGGUGCAACUGUAGAUCACAAAGACAAAGAAGGAAUGACUCCUUUAUUGGUGGCUUCAUUUGAGGGCCACAAGGACGUUUGCGAAUUGCUCCUAGAAAACGAAUCUGACGUAGAUCACUGUGAUAAUAGUGGCAGAUCACCCCUAUGGGCUGCUGCCAGUAUGGGACAUGCUCCGGUGGUAGCAUUGUUACUAUUUUGGGGCUGCGCUAUUGAUUCAAUGGACUCUGAGGGUAGAACUGUGUUGUCAGUAGCUGCUGCUCAAGAAGUGGUGCGACAGUUACUCGAUAGAGGUCUUGAUGAGCAACAUAGAGACAACUCUGGAUGGACCCCAUUGCAUUAUGCUGCUUUUGAAGGGCAUCAAGAAGUAUGUGAAGCUCUACUAGAAGCAGGAGCGAGAAUUGACGAGACUGACAAUGAAGGCAAAGCACCUUUAACUCUGGCAGCCCAAGGUGGACAUACUGUUUUAGUUAAUUUGUUUAUUGAUAAGUAUAAUGCUCCGGUGGAUCAACGGCCUCAUGAUGGCAAGACUGCACUAAGGUUGGCAGCGUUAGAAGGUCAUUACGAUAUAGUACAAAUUUUAAUUUCGCAUGGAGGUGACAUGGACUCGAAAGAUGCUGAUGGUAGAAGCACGCUUUACGUUUUAGCCUUGGACAAUCGAUUGGCGAUGUCUAAGUACUUUUUGCAGCAGGGUGCUGAUGUUGAAACGCGAGAUUUAGAGGGUCGUACACCUCUCCACGUCUCCGCUUGGCAAGGCCACACAGAAAUGGUAUCCCUGUUGCUAACCUAUGCCAAAGCCCAAGUAGACGCAUGUGAUCUAGAAAACAGAACCGCACUACAUUCAGCCAGUUGGCAAGGCCACAGCGAUAUAGUCAAAAUACUAUUAGAACACGGUGCUUUACCAGAUCAUACCUGUAAUCAAGGAGCAACAGCUUUGGGCAUAGCUGCCCAAGAAGGCCACGAACUUUGCGUGGUGGCUUUACUGGAACACGGUGCUGAUCCUAAUCAUUCAGAUGCUUGCGGACGGAAUGCUUUAAGGGUGGCUGCUAAAUCGGGACACAGAGGUGUAGUGAGAUUGCUAGAGGAUUACAAUGCUAGAUCGCAUAAAAUUAAUAUGUCGGCGCAUACUAGUAGUAGUGCUAAUUCGAUAGCGUCAACUUCCACUGCAGAAACCAAACCUUCAUCUGCCAUAUUAUAUCCAGUUGGUGGAGGCGAGUGGAUUGAUCAACAAAGAAGAUCAAUGGUUUCUUUAGGAAAUCACAGCUCAAAUUCGAAAAGUAGUUCAAAUCUAACAGGGUCUAGCCAUUCCAGUAGGCAUGGAGACAGACAGAGGGAGCAACCACAAAAUACACAGCCUAUGUCUUUUACGCAACAGCUUCAGCAAUGUUCCAGAGGCGGUAAAACGCGUCCUCUAAGCAAAUUGUUGUCACCUUUACAAAGCGAACCACAAAGUCCUAUAUAUGCAUCUCCACCUUUGAGUCCGGUACACGACAGCCCUAAUAAUGCCUUUGGUGCUAUGAAUAUAUACCAACCGGUCUUGAGGCACAAUAACUUUGGAAAAGCUCCAGAUACGCAUUUCGCUCGAGACACUCACAUGAGAAUUAUUUUGGGUAAUUCGACUAAUUCGGGUAUUGGCAAAGAGAAAAAAGGUGAUGAUAAACCUGAAAAAGAAUCCAAUAAUAAGCAAAGCAAUCAAAAAUCGAAACGAAACGGUAUAGUGACGAAUCCCGCGUUGAGAUUGGUCGCAAACGUGAAAAACGGACUGGACACGGCGGCAGCUAAUUUGCGCAAGUCUGCCUCUGGUGCAAAUCCGGCUUCGAAAACGAACAGUUUUCAUUGGAGGAAAGAGACUCCUCUGUAAUAUAGACGGGCAAAAUUUUGCGCGUGAAUUUUUACUAGUCAAUCAAAUGGAUUUUAAACUCGAGACGUUGAAAAAAAAUUAAAAAUUUAACUAUUGCUAACAGCACCCACCUAGUCUUAACUAUAUCAAAGAAAUAUAGACUUUUUGUUUGUUUAAAUUUUAAGUUUAACUGUAGAAUUGUUUUUUCUUUUUUUCUAAUUAUAUUUUAUUACAAUAACAUUUAAUUUUGGGCCUAAGUUUUCAACGAGAGAGCGACAUCAACAAGAAAAAUUGAAGCUUUUGAGUUAGUUUUUUAGUAAUGUGAUAGACAGUCGUAGGUUUAACUAUUUAAAACAUAUUUAAGAAAUAAUUAAAAUGUACCUACUCUAAUUUUAGGUAGACACAGCAUUUUACUCAAGGAUUUAUUUGAUAAGUUUUUUUCAGGUCCUAAUUUUAACUUUUGUGCUUUUGGAUAACGAAGUUUUCAGUUUCAAGAGAGAUUUUGAGAUUUUUGAUGAAACAUUGACUGGAUAUUUUAAGCGCUGAUGAGAAAAAUGCCCCUAAUUUUGGAAAUUACUUUAGGCAACUAAAAAUCCAAAACAAAUUCGGCCUAUAAGCACUUAUUGGUGGUUCUCUACCAAACAUGCAAAUUUCGAAAAUUCCUUAAGCACAAAAGAUGGUAGAUUUAAGUAACAGAAUGAUGUGUUAAUUUUGUAAUAGUUGAGGUUUGCCAGUUGUUUCAUGCGUGACUUUUUAGGUCGCAGCGACUCUACUUGAACUAUCCAAAAUAAGAAUUACCCUUUUAUGUAACCAUGAUCCUAAUAGUUUGGCAAUAAUUAUAAACAGAUUGAAGAGUCGUUGCACUAAAUUUAUUGGUCGACACUAGGAUCUCAUGCUGUUUGUUCUAAGAGUGUAAUGAAGUAUUUUUGUAUUUCCAAUAUUAGUUCGUAAGUCGGAGGUUUCAAAUUUCAAUGCUUAAAUUAAUUUUAAAUGUUUUAUUAACUUUUUUGAUUUUUGUAAUGGAUCGGAAUCUUUAGUAUAGUAUAUAAAAUUACAGAAAAUAGUGAACAAAAGUAUCUGGAUUUAUCAAGAAGUAACAAAUCGUCUUUAAUGUAGGACAAUCAUAACUAUUCAGACCAUCAUGCAGAAAUGUCUCAGUCGAGGUCAGUUAACCUCGUAAUUUUCCACUUAAAUAAUGCAUAGUAAAAACUUUCAUCCUAAAUACAAUUUUUAGAAUAUGUUAUAAUCUCAUGCCAAUCAGCGACAAGAAAAUUUUGUUGACUGCUUUAUUAGUCCAGGUACUUUUUGGCUAGGGUAUAAAUAAAAAAGUUUCUUCCAACCUUACAACUCUAUUGAACAUAACGGCAUAUUUUAGACUGUUUUGAAAUAUUUUUUGAACAAGGUUGGUUGAGAUCCAUUCAAAAGUGAGUUCUAUAUUUAGGUACCUACAUUAAAAUCUAUACAUAUUUCAAACUUGAACUUUCCGUUCUAUUACACAUUUUUUCUAGAUUCCUUAAAUUAUUAUUUUAUUAGAAAGAGAUUUUAAGCCCCCUAUUUUGUAGCUUUGUUAUGGAUAUGCUCUAAGAAAUUACAGUAUUUUGCGAUUUUAUGAAAAUAUGAGAACAUGGCGAAAAAUGAUAAUUAUUUACCACCACACACAGCUUAUAUAUAGCCAAGGUGAUUCAACAGCUUCCAUAAAACAACUUUUCUUUCCAAGAGAUUAUUUAUUUUGGGUUCUGCUCUAUGAAGUGUUUACUGUUAUGUUUCUAAAAAUCUCUCUUUCACUUGAAAUAUUAUAAACGCUAUAUCAAUCAAAGAUAACCAUAACAUCAAGCCAAAAUAAUGAGCUUGCAAUCUCUUUUUAAAUUCAACGUAGCACCUUUGAUUAUUUCUCAAGUUCUGUUCUAUUAAGAUUGUUAGAGGCGCCAGUCGAACACCACCUGUAUAUCAAUUAUAAUGCCUUUUUGUAUUUAUAUCUCUGAAAGCUUUAGUUUUUUACAUUUAAGAUUUAAAAAAAACCUUGCACUGUAUAUGUUGAAAACAGUAUUAAGAAUAUUAAAGAUAUAUUCAGCAAUA